AUGCUGCCGUACGCCUACACCACCAACGACGUGGCGCAGCUCUUCGCGCCGUUCGGGAAGCUGGCGCGCGUGCUAGUGCUGCGGGACAAGCAGACGCGGCGCAGUCGCGGCGUGGCCUUCGUGCAGUUCGCCCGCGCCGAGGACUGUGCCAAGGCGGUGGCCGAGAUGGACAAGAUGCCGCUCGAGGGGAUGACGCUGGCCGUGUCGCUGAGCCGAGACAACGGCCGCUCCCGCGAGUUCGCCAAGAAGCGCAAGUACACGACGUCGCAGCGCUGCUUUGAGUGCGGCGAGCUGGGGCACGUGUCGUACGAGUGUCCGCGCAACGUGCUGGGCACCCGGGAGCGGCCCGUGACAACUGGGGGCAAGAGCAGCCGCAGGAACCUCAAGCGGAAGAAGAAGAAGUUCGACCCGCACGAGCGCGCGCACUAUUUCAACGACGAGGGCGUCGUCAACAUCCUAGCGCCGCCUACGAGCUCCGACGACGAGGGCCUGUCCAUCUCGCUGCUGACCUACCCGUCUUCAGCGCCUCUGGCCUCGUCGACGCAGCAUGCGGCACCCCCGCUGGCGACCACGCCACCGUCCUCUGCAGCGUCUGCAGCAAUCUCCGCACGCCGUCGACCGCAGCGCAAAGCAGGCAGCUACUUCAGUGACGAAGACGCCAGCGACGACGAGUGA